AUUGAUGGCACUGCUCCACCAUCGCCGCCCAAUCUUAAACCCGGUACAGAGAUUUACGAGGUUCCUGAAGGAAUUCGUCCCGAACUUCAAACUAUGGGUAUUGAAGUGCUUUGCUGGGGUGUUCGUAAUAUGUCCAAGUAUCAGUUGGCUGCAGUAAACUCGCCUUCGGUGGAGAUUGAAGUCGGUGGAACAGUGCUCAGUUCAGAUGUCAUCACUAACUUGAAAAGAACACCAAACUUUAAGAAGUCACUCAUGUUCCAUGUGGCUAAACUUCCCAAGGAGACUCUCUACAUGCCACCAAUUAACAUUGGUGUACGCGACAAUCGACCGUUUGGUCGCAAACCACUAGUUGGAACCCAUGUCAUUUCCGACAUUUCAGGCUUCAAGGUACCUCCAUUGAUGCAACCAUUCGAUCCUCUCGAAGCCAUUCCAGAGCUGGAACGAGCAGGUUCGCCACCUCUUAUCCAUGAGCAAGACAUGGAUAAGCCAUACGAACCGGAGAAGAAGGCUCUCUGCGCUUCGAGAACCAGCAUUCGGCGUUCCAGUCGCCCAGAUGGAGCGGAAACGUCCGCUACUGAGGGUGCGCUUGCGUACUUGCGGGAACAGGCUAGCGAAAUGGAUUUGGAACAGCUGGACCCCAACAUUGAUUGGUACUCUAAAUACUAUGCGUCAAAGGGUGAAUUCAAGAAAUGUACCGACUACAAAGAGCGUGGCUAUGAUCUACUCAAGGUAGCCCUCGUCUCUCAGUUAUACCUACCUCAUCCAGUAGAGGAUAGUGAAGGCUUCUAUCACUUUGAGGACUUUUGUCCAACAUUCCACCUAUACCGAGGAAAAUCAAAAGAUUCCGAUGAAGAUGAUGAAGAAAACUUUGCUGGAGACUUCAAGGGUACCUUCCGUAUUUAUUGCCUUCCCGAAGAUCCAAAUGCUGCGAUGCCGUUAAAGUAUCUUGAAAAUGAGGUUCCAGACUCAGCCCCAGUCGAAUGCAUAAUUCGUGUCUACAUUAUAAAAGCCAUCGACCUGCAGCCAAGUGACCCAUCUGGUUUGGUAAUGCCCUUGCUCUUCUAUAUGUUGCAGAAGGCUGAUCCUUAUGUUGAGAUCAGGUUGGGAAAACAAAAGGUCAGCUCCAAGGAUAACUAUAUUCCCAACAACCUGAAUCCCGAAUUUGGCAGAAUGUUUCAACUAAAAGCUCUUAUUCCGAUUGAGAAGGAUUUGAUUAUCAAAAUCGUUGAUUACGAUUUGAUGACGCGUGACGAUGUCAUCGGUGAGACUGUCAUCGACUUGGAGAACCGGCUACUUACUAGAUUCCGUGCCACAUGUGGCAUUCCACAGUCCUACAACUUAACAGGCAUAAAUCAGUGGCGUGACAACCAGCUGCCCUCGGAAAUUCUUGCCGCAUUCUGUAAGAAAAACUCCCUCCCAGAUCCAAAGUACUCCAUUGAAGGAAAUGGUGUCGUCACCUGCCAUAUUGGAGAACACUUCUUUAACAUCAAUGCGUUUGAAAAAGGUAUGACCCCUAGCCCACAUUGGGGGCCUCCAAAGGAACGUCUUGCACUUCAUAUCUUAAAUGCCCUCCCGUUGGUCAAAGAACACGUGGAAACAAGAGUACUUCAAAAUCCUAUUCAACCUGGAAUGGAUCAGGGAAAACUUGAACUAUGGGUGGACAUAUUUCCUUCGAAUUUGGGUCAACCUGGACCUUGCUUCGACAUUACUCCACGUCGUCCGAAGGAAUAUGAGCUAAGAGUUAUUGUUUGGAAUACAUAUAAUGUCAAGCUCGAUGAAACGUCAAUUACUGGCGAACGUAUGUCUGAUAUCUAUGUCAAAGGUUGGCUAAUGGGAGUUGACGAACGUGAGCAUACGGACGUUCACUAUCGUUCACUUGACGGUGAAGGAAACUUCAAUUGGCGUCUCAUCUUCCCAUUCGGGUUCAUACCGGCGGAAAACGAAUUAGUCGUCUCGAAGAAGGAGCACUUUUGGUCUCUUGAUAAGGUUGAAAAGAGAUUCCCGGCGGUCCUCUGUUUGCAGGUAUGGGACAAUGACUUAUUCUCACCCGAUGAUUAUUUGGGAACAAUGGAAUUACCUCUAACACACAUGCCACAACCAGCCAAGAAGCUUAAGGAAUGCACCCUUGAUAUAAUGAAUACAAGUAGUCCAAAGAACAAAAUGAUCAACCUGUUUGAAAGCAAACGUGCUAGCGGUUUCUGGCCGUUUGCUGACCAGCCUGGGCCAGAUGGACAACUAACGGGUAAACUUGAAGCAGAAAUGGAACUCCUGACUAAACAAGAAGCACUGGAAAGACCUGCAGGAAAAGGACGAGACGAGCCAAACGCUAAUCCGCACUUGGAUAAACCCAAGCGUCCGGAAACUUCGUUCUUCUGGUUCACCUCACCUUUCAAGACAUGCAAGUUCAUUAUUUGCAAACGAUUCAAAUGUAUCCUCAUCACGAUCAUCUGCGUCUUCCUCGCCGUUCUGCUUAUUGCACUCUUUAUCUACGCUAUUCCAGCUUUUCCUUCUAUCGUUCCCGUGGCUAGUGAUAUUUAA